AUGGUGCCCACCCAGGCGCCUCUAACCUCCAGCUCGGCCACAACGACCGCGACAUUAGCACCUUUAACGGGAAGCACCACCCUCUCCACGCUCACGGCGCACCCGCGGUCCGUCGCGACUGAUCGUACCCUUCUGGCGCCUGAAGAUGCUAUCUAUCAACAGUCACCCCCGCGAAAGCCGCCUUCCGCUGUCAAUCGCCUGCAAAAUGAGAAGGCUUUGUGCAUGACAAGUGGAAUGAAUGGGGACAUCGCGGUGCCUAAGAGAGGAAGGCAUAAAAGCCGGACGGGGAGCGGGAGCAGGCGGAGGAAGGGCAGUUGGAAGAGAUUAUUAUGGGUGAAGCAAUCCUAUCCUGACAAUUACACCGAUCAAGAGACCUUUCUCGAACAUCUCCAGCGGAAUCCGCGUCUCCAGCCGUAUGACUUCUGGCCGCUCGUGGCAGACUCCACCGUCAUAGUACAGCACGUUUGUUCCGUAAUAAUCUUCAUCGUCUGCUUCGUCGGCAUCUUCCAGGACCGCGUCUCCCCAGUUGCGGUGGUGGGAUGGGGCAGCUUUGCAACGUUUCUAGGGUGGCUACUAUGGGACUGGUGGCUAGGACAAGAAGAUUCUCCUCCUCGACACCAUCCCCCUCCAGGUCUUGCCUCGCCGCCUUAUACUUCGACGAGUGCUGCUGCGGUCUCGAGCCCAAACCUUCCAAUUCACAGUCCAACUCCCAUCCGGCACUCUCAUUCCGCAUCUGCCUCGUCAAUACAUUCGACUGCAUCUCAACCGGCUCCCAGUAGUCCGCGACUUGCGCCCAAUUUGCCCUCCCCAAGUACCUCCCAACCCCUGAGCCACCGAACAUCCCUCCGUCUCUCGACCGCCAAAUCCGCGCUCCUAAUCUACUUCACUCUCCUCGGACUCUCCCCAAUUCUCAAAUCCCUAACGCGCUCCACAUCGUCGGACUCCAUCUGGGCAAUGUCCUUCCUUCUCUUCACUAUCAACAUAUUCUUCUUCGAUUACGGCACUCCCGCCCCGUCAUCGUCAGGCAAAACCGCGAAUAAAAAUAUUCCCGCGUCUCUGAGCACCAAUGCGGCACUUAUGGCAAGCACCGUGCUCGCAAGCAGGCUGCCUAGUACCGGGCAGGUGUUUAGCCUGACAUUAUUUAGCAUUGAAGUUUUCGGGCUAUUCCCCGUAUUUAGACGCUAUGCGAAGCAGCGUAGCUGGAGAGGUCAAGUCGCGCUCACCAGCCUGCUGGUGGUGGGGACUGGAGGCGGCGUGGGCUUGAUUUUAGGACGUGGUGGAGAUGGGGAGGGCAUCUUGGAUUUUCCUUGGAAGUCUGGGUUGAUGGGCGUGUUUAUUGGGGUCGUAGGCACGGGGUUGGCCAUGGGGGGGUGUAGCUGGUGGUUAAUUGGGUUGCAGAAGUAUAAGAACGAGAUUCAUGGGCCGUGGGAUCCAGCAAGGCCGAUAAUUAGGAGGCAUUGGGAGGAUUAUUAA